AUUUCUAUUACAUCACAAUGUUGCGUGAUCCAGUGUCCCGUUACCUGAGCGAGUGGAAGCAUGUCCAGAGAGGAGCCACGUGGAAAACCUCCCUCCACAUGUGUGAUGGGAGAAGCCCCACCCCCCGAUGAGCUACCUACCUGCUACCCGGGGGAUGACUGGUCUGGGGUGAGCUUGCGAGAGUUCAUGGACUGCACCUACAACCUGGCCAACAACCGCCAGGUGCGCAUGCUGGCGGACCUCAGCCUGGUGGGCUGCUACAACUUGACUUUCAUGAAUGAGAGCGAAAGAAACACCAUCCUGUUGCAGAGCGCGAAAAACAACCUGAAGAACAUGGCCUUCUUUGGGCUCACAGAAUUCCAGAGGAAGACGCAGUUUCUCUUUGAGAGGACAUUCAACCUCAAGUUCAUCUCUCCCUUCACACAGUUCAACAUCACGCGGGCUUCCAAUGUGGAGAUCAAUGACGGUGCUCGCCAGCGCAUUGAGGAGCUCAACUUCCUGGACAUGCAGCUUUAUGAGUACGCAAAAGAUCUCUUCCAGCAGCGCUACCACCACACCAAGCAGCUGGAGCACCAGAGGGACCGGCAAAAGAGGAGGGAGGAGCGGAGGCUGCAGCGGGAGUCGAGGAGCCACCGGUGGCCCAAAGAGGAUGGGAACACAGAAGGGGCCGUCACCGAGGACUACAACAGUCAGGUGGUGAGAUGGUGACCCCCUGCCUCUC